AUGAGUACAUCAGUUACUACUAGCAUUCAACAGUUUCCUUUGCUAUCAGGAGGAAGGAGUGUCACCGAAGGGGCUAAAUUGCGUAGAAAUCUAACACAAGUUACGUGGGCUCAUGCCGUGAACGAUGCUGAAUACCUGACCCGUGUUCUCGACGGCGACAUCCAGUUCAUAGAAUGUGACAUCUCUUUGGGCUAUCUAAAGGAAGACGUGAACAGAGAAAAUGAGAUACCCAUAAUGGCCCAUCCUCCGGCCACCGAGUCCGACAUAUCGCUCGAAACGUUCCUGCAGCGCGUAUUGCAAUACAACCAACAAGUUGACGCCGUUUCGAAAGUGAAGGGAAUUAAACUAGAUUUCAAAUCGAUCGGAGCAUUCGAGCGAUCUAUUGAUAUCAUCCGGUCCGCCUACGACAUGGCCAAAUUCGCCACAUGGAUCAACGCCGACAUUCUUCCCGGUCCGGUGGAUAACACGGCCACGGUGCCGGUAGAUCCGGUGCGAUUUUUUGCCGCUGCAAGGCGACUGGGUAAAGCAACACUUUCGAUCGGUUGGACCACACGUUGGGGUGCCGAUUUUACGGAUGGUGCCUACACGGAACAGCACGUGGAUGCUAUGGCUUCCGCCAUUCAUUCGAACGGUAUCGACCACGCUGGAAACGCAAUCACAUUUCCCGUUAGGGCAGGAAUUGUGGGGAGCAGCCUCACGAACAUGCUUCGAUUAUUUUGCGCAGUAAAAGAUACUAACGAUGUAACUUUUACCAUUUGGUCAAGCGACAAUGAUGCGGUAAAUGUGGAAAAGUUGCGUGAAUUUAUCUUCACCGUAGGUCUCGAUCGAACCUACGUGGAUGUGCCGGAAGCAUUACACCGGGCGCUUCAUCUCGACGAAAGUGCGUUUAAGGACAGCUGCAAAAAGACCGUAGAUGCUAGAUGUUAUGAGCCGUGA